AAGCGGGAUCGCUACCGCUAUAAAUCAGCUAUAGGGCGUUGUGCUGUAUUAACGGGAGCUAUCGUAAAGGCCCCUAUUCAUGAGUCUAAGGUUGGCCAAACAGUAGUACGGGCUAGAAAGGGAAAUCCUGAGUAUCUACUGAUUUACAUAUAUCCCCUGGAUGAUCUUGCUUCCUAUAAGCGCGAACUUUCUGUUAUAACCGCUAUCUCUAGGAUCCCCGCCCUCGUCGACCAUGCUCCGCGGAUUGUUAAAGCGGAUCCUAGCUCUGGUAUUAUUAUACUUAGUACCCUAAAGCUCUACUAG